CCGCAGCGCGCUCUUGCGCAAUACGCUAUGCCUCCGGAAAUGAGUCGUUGCUUUGUUCUUCCGUGGGAAGAGUUCAUCGACAACGAAUGCCUGAUAGAGGAGAUCCAGAAACGGCCUCCUCUGUACACGAAAGAGAGCGCAGAGUAUACGAAUGCGGAUUUGAAACGGAAACUUUGGGAGGAGGUUUGCGAGUUGCUCUUCCCCGCGACGUGGGAUAAAUUAACAGCAGCACAGAAAACAAAGACAGUGCGAUAUGUCCGACAGCGAUGGUGGAAUAUCCGUACGUGUUUCACGCGAGAGUUGAAAGCGCAGCAGAGCAUUAUGUCUGGGCAAGCCCCGCAGAAGCGGAGGAAGUACAUAUACUUCGAGAAACUGCUGUUCCUCCUGCCAACGAUGGACUCGCUGAUCGCUGGUUCAGACCCCGCCACCGCAGGAGACGAUGUUUUGGUAAUUUCCCACAAGGUACAGACGCCGAGCCGCCCGCCUGAUCAGAGGGACAAAUCGAAACCGAAGGCGGUGAAUGCUUCGUUGGACAAAGACAAGACGAUAAGUGCAACUGACGGGGAAAUGAAUUUCGCACUCUCUCUCGUGCCGAUGCUACAGUCGCUGAGUCCAGAAAAGAGAAUUGCUGCCCAAAUUGAAAUACUACAGGUAUUUCAGAAAUUCGGCUGUGGCCAGAAUUGAAGAGCAGAGAACAAAAUGCGAGGGUACUGAAAAUUUCAACGCGAGACAAGAGCCAAAUUUCAGUAGU